CCUUUUUAAUUUAUUUGUUAUUAACUUGACAAUAAUGACAGACUCUUGAUUUUAUAGGUUAUGAUUUUAUCUAAUAUUUUAAAUACACUUUUUUAAUUUAUAACAAUUAAUAAAUUCUGUCAGAUGAGAUCUUUACGAGCAGAUACCCCUUUUCAAACGUCUAAAAGUUGGACGGACGAUUUACCAGUAUGCAAACAAUCAGGAGUUGGUUCCGCAACAAAUCAAAUAUAUAGGGAAGAUGGAAAUCGGCAAGAAGCUCACAGUUUCGAAGAUAGAACGUUUCAUUAUAAAUUUGAUGAUAACUCCUCAAUUUAUGCCCUUUUUGAUGGAUCGGAAGGAUCAAAAGCUGUUGAUUUUUGUUGUCAAAGAAUGCCUGCUGAGCUUGUGUUUGGGCAAUUAAAAGAUAAGAAAACUGAUGAAGAAAUUAAAGAGGUUUUAAGACAAGCUUUUGUAUCCGUAGAAAAAGGUUAUAUGGACUCGAUGUAUGAUUUAUUAGCUUAUUUAGCUGGUUUACAAGAAGAAAUUCAAGGACUAAGUGAAUAUGAAGCUUAUCAAAAGAAACCGGAAGUUGUUGACCAAAUAAAAAAAACUAAUUUAUGUUUAUCAGCUAGUGCUACAGCAGCUGUAGCUUUAAUACAUAAUAAUAAAUUGUAUGUUGCAAAUGUUGGAUCUUGUAGAGUACUUUUAUGUCAAACAGAUUCUAAUGGUGUACUUAAAGUUGUUCAAUUAAGCACUGAUCAUGUUUUACAGAAUGAAGAUGAAGUUUUAAGGCUAUCUCAACUUGGAAUUAAUAUUAAUAACUUAAGAAAAUGUACUCUUCUUGGAAAUCAACGAAGUACAAGAUGUUUUGGAAAUUAUUUAGUAAAAGGCGGUUAUAAAGAAUUUGAAGAUCUUAAAAAUGCUUUACAAGAACCCAUUAUAAGCGAGCCAGAUAUAAUCGUAGCUGGUCCAAUCGAUGAAACAUGCCAAUUUUUAAUAUUAAUGUCAAGCGGUUUCUAUCAAUCAAUAGAAGAAGCAACUGGUACCGAUUUAGUUAACAAAUGUAUUGCACAAUAUGUUGUUGAACAAUUUCGCGAACAAAACACCUUACCGAGUGUUGCUCAAGCAGUUGUUGACAAAGUAGUUCGACUACAUCACGAUUGGUUCAUGUCAAAACCAUCAAAUAAUCCUGUUAUAAGGGAAGAUAUUACGUUAUUAGUGAGAAAUUUUAAUUUUCCAAUGUUGAACGCAAAAAAGAGUCCUUCUGUUGGAAUAAAUUCAAUUGUAAUUAGUAAUAAUACAACGCCAAUAUGUACACCGCAAGGCACAAUUAUGAAUACAGACAUUCGAAAUACCUUAUGUUCUACCGCGGCUACUUCGACAACAUCUACGUUAAGAAAUGAUAAUGAUAUGGAUGAUGUAACUGAAAUUGAUGCAUAUGUUGAUUUCACCGAUUUUAUAAAUGGUUUUGAAAAUGAUAAGAAAAAAGGAAAUUUACCUGCAUGUCUUAAUUUUUAAUUUAUCUUGAGUGUUGUUAUAC